AUGGAUGUCAAAAUAGAGAGCAAUGACAGUGAAAUUAAUUUAAAAACCGAAAAAACAUCUGAGAAUGAAUUUGGUAUAUGGUUUAGUAUUAAAAACGCAAUCGACAGAACGUUGGGCUAUGAAAACCAUGAACGUGAUGUUUCGGUCAGAAUGAAUAAAGAGGAUGAUAAUCAAGUUAAAUUAACAGCAGAAGUAACCACUAAAUUGGAGAUAAAAACAGAUUCCGAUGGAUUGAUUUCUCAUUUAAGAACGGAUGUGGUCACAAAGGUAAAGCCUGAAAAAUAUAUAAAGCUUAUUCAUGGAUUUAAUGCCUUGAAAGAAAAUGUACCGAAAAAACUUAAAGAUAGAUCACUUCAUCCUGAAAUCGAAUGGGAUGCAAAAGUUAGAACAUCUAAUGAAUUGUGCGAUGAUGAAAAAAAAUUUUUGAGUGAAAGAAAAGAAUACAUAAGGGAGGCUUUCGCUAAAUACAUUGGAGUUAAAGUUGAAGAAAUUCAUGUGGACGAUAUUCCCGUAAUUGCAUUUGCCGGAAGUGGUGGUGGAUUUAGAGCCAUGAUCGCAAACACAGCUUAUAUGAAAGCAACGCAAGAAUCCGGUUUAUAUGAUUGUGGUGUUUAUUUCGGUGGUGUAAGCGGUUGUUGUUUGGCUUUAGCGUCACUAUAUUCUUCAUUAUACGCCACAAAAGAAGAUCCAGUUCAAGCUCAAUUGGAUGGUUUUAAAGAACGUUUACCACUUCAUAUAGCGAAGGACCUUCUUGAUGAGUUAUCAAACAAUUCAUCACCUGAAGCAGCAAUCGAGUUAACAUUUUCUGGAUUAGUUUUAAAAAAAGAAAUAGGUUUGAACGUACAACCAAUAGACACCUUUGGAUGUUUAUUAAAUGCUAAACUUUUAAUUGGAAAAGAUCCGGAAUGCCAACGUCGGGAUUAUAAAGAUUUUAAAUUAAGUCAUCAAAAACGAUUUUUGGAAGGUGGUAAAAGUUUAAUGCCCAUAUACACGGCGGUUCAUCAAGUUCAAAAAGAGGAAGAGCAGAAUAAAGUUGUACCGGAAAAUGUGAAGGAUGAACAUGGGCUACACUUUGCUUGGUUUGAAUUUACUCCAUUUGAGGUUGGUUGUGAUGAACUAGCUGAAUGGAUACCUUCUUGGUCUUUUGGACGUGAAUUCAAAUCCGGAAAAAAUCAUCAUCGUUUACCCGAACAAAAUAUUGGUCAGUUAAUUGGAAUGUUCGGAUCAGCACCGUGUGUGCCUAUUAGUGGAUAUAUUGAUAAAUUUGGGCACGUCUUAUCUGAUGGUUGGGUAAAAGAAAGUUUGAAGUCAUUAUAUGAUGAGACCGUUGACGUUAUUGGAGGAGAGACAAGAAGUGAAUUGGAAGGAAAGGCUUUAAUUGACUCUGCAGAAAAUUAUAAUUUUUCUACUAAAUUCGAAACGAAAGAUAAAAUUUUAAGGUUCAUUGAUGCCGGAAUAUCUUGUGACUUGCCAUUAUAUCCGAUGGUUCAUCCAAGUAGGAAAGUGGAUGUAAUCAUAGCAUUUGAUUCUUCAGGCAAUUCAGCAAGUUUAGAUUUCUUUGAAGAAGUGCAUUCAACAUUUACAAAACGUAAAGGAAUAACGAGCAAGAAACUCGAAGGGGAUAAUAAAUAUUGUGUAAUAUAUGAUUAUUCUUAUACUCCAAAUGAAAAAGGUGGAGGGUAUAAACAAGAUGCGACAAUUAAUGAAACUUCAGACUCUCGUCAAAUUAAAUUUUGUUAUUUACCAUUUUUGUCUCAUGAGAAGGUUGAUAAAAAUUUUAUGCCUUUUAAAGAUAAAUCUACUUCUUUUGCCAAGUUCGAUUACACUCCCGAUAUAGUUGACAAAAUGAUAAAAUUAGCUAAACAAAAUUGGACAGAAGCUGAGGAAAUGGUUAAAAAUAUUGUUAUUGAUGCUUGGAAGAAGAAGAAAAAUGAUAGAUUAAACG